AUGGCUUCUACCAAUAGAAUGGCCGGUACUUCUGUAGAUCCAGAACAAGAAGAGAGAAUCUUCUUAGAAGAAGUUGCUGCUGUCAAGCAAUGGUGGGCAGAUGAGAGAUGGAGAUAUACCAAGAGAGCUUUUACUGCUGAGCAGAUUGUGGCAAAGAGGGGAAAUUUAAAGAUUGAAUACCCAAGUAAUGCACAAUCGAAAAAGCUUUGGAAGAUCUUGGAGGGAAGAUUCAAGAACAAAGAUGCUUCUUAUACAUAUGGUUGCUUGGAACCUACCAUGUUGACUCAAAUGGCAAAGUUUCUGGAUACAGUCUAUGUUUCUGGAUGGCAAUCAUCAUCCACUGCAUCUGCUUCCGAUGAACCUGGUCCAGAUCUCGCAGAUUAUCCAUAUACUACAGUACCCAACAAAGUAUCACAUCUCUUCAUGGCCCAACUCUUCCAUGACCGUAAACAACGUGAAGAACGAGUAAUGACUGCCUCGAAAGCCGAUCGAGCCAAGCUCCAAAACGUCGAUUAUCUUCGUCCCAUCAUCGCAGAUGCUGAUACUGGUCAUGGUGGCCUCACUGCCGUUAUGAAAUUAACAAAAUUGUUCAUAGAGAAGGGAGCUGCGGGUAUUCACAUUGAGGAUCAAGCUCCUGGUACCAAGAAAUGUGGACAUAUGGCUGGAAAGGUCCUCGUUCCUAUCAGUGAACAUAUCAAUCGUUUGGUUGCUAUUCGUGCUCAGGCUGAUAUUAUGGGCUCUGAUCUCCUCGCUAUUGCCCGUACAGACGCCGAAGCUGCUACUUUAAUUACCACAACCAUCGAUCCCCGAGAUCACGCUUACAUUCUCGGCUCCACAAACCCCAAUCUCCAACCCCUUAACGAUCUAAUGAUAGCUGGUGAGCGUGCCGGAAAAACUGGUGCAGAACUCCAAGCCAUCGAAGAUACAUGGACUGCUCAAGCCGAUCUCAAACUCUUCAAUGACGCCGUCAUCGCCACCAUAAAAGCCAACCCCAACACCAAAUCCGACGAACUCGUUUCCCACUUCCUCACCGAAGUCAAGGGCAAAAGCAACUCUGAAGCUAGAGCCCUUGCCAAAACCAUCACCGGCGUCGACAUCCACUGGGAUUGGGACGCUCCUCGUACACGAGAAGGCUACUAUCGACUCCAAGGCGGAUGCGGGUGUGCCAUAAAUCGCGCUAUCGCGUAUGCCCCCUACGCCGACGCCAUCUGGAUGGAAUCCAAACUCCCAGACUACAAACAAGCCGAGGAAUUCGCGUCGGGCGUGCACGCCGUGUAUCCCGACCAGAAACUCGCAUACAAUCUCUCUCCGUCCUUUAAUUGGAAAUCGGCCAUGCCCAGAGCAGAACAGGAAACAUACAUUCAGCGACUUUCCAAACUAGGAUAUUGUUGGCAAUUCAUCACACUAGCCGGUUUACACACCACGGCGUUGAUUAGUCAUCGCUUUGCUGAGGCGUAUAGCAAACAGGGCAUGCGCGCCUAUGGGGAGUUGGUGCAAGAACCGGAAAUGGAUCUGGGUGUGGAUGUGGUGAAGCAUCAGAAAUGGUCCGGGGCGAAUUAUGCAGAUGAGUUGUUGAAGAUGGUGACUGGCGGAGUGAGUAGUACGAGUGCGAUGGGGAAGGGAGUUACGGAGGAUCAGUUUCAUUAG